AUGUGUGCAGGCAAGGUGAUCCACACGUCAGUGUCGGAGGCGCACGCGCCCGGCCUGCACCAGCUCAAAGAGAAGGUGUACUCGCUGCUGCAGGCCGAGGGGCGCCUGGCGGUGCUGGCGCCCGACAGGACGCUGGACGGGGUAACACACACGAACAUUACUACAUCCAACAUCAAUAUAGACGAUGCUCGCGCCCGGCCUGCACCAGCUCAAGGAGAAGGUGAACUCGCUGCUGCAGGCGGAGGGGCGCCCGACAGGACGCUGGACGGGGAGAAGCAGGUGAACUUCGUGGCGGUGCAGCUGGUGGUGGAGCCGCCGUGUGUGGUGGACGUGGUGUUCCGCGGCGAGGGUGAGGGCGAGGCCGCGCCGCUCCAGGGCGAGCGAUACUCCGCGCGCCUGCGGGACCUGGGCGCCUCCUUCGACGCCGCCUUCGAGGACAAGUUCCGCCUCGCCGAGAAAGGGUACAACGCGCAGGAGGUGCAGGUAGCCCGCGCUGCUCUGUCCAACAUGGUGGGGGGCUUGGGUUACUUCUAUGGUGGGGGCCGCGUACAGUCGGAGUACACGCGGGAGCCCGUGCCCUACUGGAAGGCGCCGCUGUACACCGCCGUACCCAGCCGGUCGUUCUUCCCCCGGGGCUUCCUGUGGGACGAGGGAUUCCACGGGCUUCUAAUCGGCCGCUGGUCCAUCGACAUCCAGCUCGACAUCGCGGGCCAUUGGCUCGACCUCAUCAACGUGGAGGGCUGGAUCCCGCGCGAACAGAUCCUUGGUGCGGAGGCGCUGGCCCGCGUGCCGCAUGAGUUCGUGGUGCAGCACAACGCGGCCGCCAACCCGCCGAUGCUGCUGCUGACACUGGCCCAGCUGCUGCGAGUGCCUGGCCUGCUGGCUGCUCCGCGCCACCGCGCCGCGCUCGACCGCAUGUUCCCUCGCCUGCAGCUGUGGUACAACUGGUUCCUGGCGAGCCAGCGCGGCUCCGAGCCCUCCUCGUUCCGAUGGCGCGGCCGCGUCGACGACGGCCGUCAGCUCAACCCCAAGACCUUGACUUCCGGCCUGGACGACUAUCCUCGCGCGUCGCACCCCAGCGACCGCGAGCGACACGUGGACCUGCGCUGCUGGCUCCAGGCCGCCGCCGCCGCCCUCGCCGACCUGGCCGCCGCGCUGCGCCGCGACCCCGCCAGGUUCACGGCGGUGCGCGACCAGCUCGCGGACGAGGAGACCCUCAACAGGCUGCACUGGUCCUCGCGCACCAACUCCUACGCGGACUACGGUCUCCACACGCAGGGCGUGUCUCUGGUGCGCGCCGAGGACGGAGUGGUGCGAGCCGUCACGUCGCCGCCCGAGUACCAGCUCGUCGACGCGCACUUCGGGUACGUGUCUCUGUUCCCGAUGCUGCUGAAGGUGUUGUCGCCCGGCAGCGACAAGCUGGGCAAAAUCCUGGAGGUUCUGGACGACCCCGACAAGUUGUGGUCUCCCUACGGACUCAGGUCGCUGUCGAAGUCGUCCCCACUGUACAUGGCGCGCAACACGGAGCACGACCCGCCGUACUGGCGCGGCCAGGUGUGGGUCAACGUCAACUACCUGGCGCUCGCGGCCCUGCGCCACUACGGCACCGCGGGCGGGCCACACGCCGCGCGGGCGCUCGCGCUGUGGGAGCGGCUCAAGCAGAACGUA